CUCCCAACCAGCGAGGCCCUUCCAGAUCCCGYCUCCCUACUUGUACGCUCCGCCCCCGAGAUGCCCCUGUCGCCGCCUGAUUGCACUGUGGCCUGGCCGCGGUAGAGCGGGCGGAGCGCUGGGUGCAGAACCGUGUGGAGGCUGGAAAUCGUGGAUGCCCCUCGUCCGGACCAUGUCUGGCUGCCACGGUCCGGAGGGAGACUGCUGCUCACGGCAAUGCGUCGCGCAGGACAAUGAACAUCCAAGAUACCUGAUUCCAGAACUUUGCAAACAGUUUUACCAUUUGGGUUGGGUCACUGGGACUGGAGGAGGAAUUAGCUUGAAGCAUGGCAAUGAAAUCUACAUUGCUCCUUCAGGAGUGCAAAAGGAACGAAUUCAGGUAUGCAGUGCCAGUUUUACUGAAGUGUUCUUCCAGCAGUAUCUUCUGUUACYGCGUUUAGUAGAAGAAAAAAAUGGCUCAUAUUGUCUUUAUAGAUAUGAUGAUAUGUUAGUGGUACCUAUUAUUGAGAACACACCUCAAGAAAAAGACCUCAAAGAACGAAUGGCCCGUGCAAUGAAUGAGUACCCCGACUCCUGUGCAGUCCUGGUCAGGCGCCAUGGAGUGUACGUGUGGGGAGACACAUGGGAGAAGGCUAAAACCAUGUGUGAAUGUUACGACUAUUUAUUUGAUAUUGCUGUAUCAAUGAAGAAAGUAGGACUUGAUCCCACCCAGCUCCCAGUUGGAGAAAAUGGAAUUGUAUAAGCCAAACAAAAGUUUAAUUAUACAGAGAUUAAACUAAACUUAAUUAUUAUUUAAGUGAAACAAUUAGUUUUAAAUGAAUUGAAAU